CACCGCCAAGCGUUGCCCAAGCGGUCCGAGCAGUGGCUGAUUUUUGCUCCAGACCUUAUUGUAGUAGCCGCUUACGGGCGAAUUCUCCCCACCCCGGUAUUGAAUCUGCCAAACCUCGGCUGCCUGAAUCUUCAUCCGUCGCUGCUCCCGGCAUACCGCGGGCCGUCCCCGGUCGUCGGCGCCCUGCUCGCCGGAGACGACACUACCGGCGUCACCCUGAUGCUGAUGGACGAGGGUAUGGAUACCGGCCCCAUCAUCGCCCAGCGCACUCGCGUCGUAGCUCCGGAUGACGACGCCGAUUCACUGACGGCGGCGCUCUUUUCCGACGGUUCCGACCUCCUGCUCCAAAACCUGGGCGAUUGGAUGACCGGCGCGAUAAUACCUCAACCGCAGGACGAUGCCCGGGCCACCUACACAGCCAAGAUCGAACGUGCUGCCGGCGCCGUGGACUGGGAGCUUCCGGCUGAGUUGCUGGCGCGUCGGCGGAGGGCUUAUGCACCCUGGCCAGGGCUAUAUACGCGUUGGGAAGACAAGGAGCUGAAAUUGCUGGAUGUUGCUGCCGCUGCGACAUCCGACAUCGCGCCCGGUUUGGUGGUCAGCGCCGACGGUACUGAAAUCUCAAUCGGAACCGGCGCGGGCAUCCUGACCGUCAACAAACUUCAGCUUGAGGGUCGGCGUCCUGCCACUGCCGGCGAAUUCCUCCGUGGUUACCCCCAAUUUGUGGGGGCGGAGCUAUCGCGCGACGGAGCCGGACAAUAG